AUGACUAUCUUUGAUAAUUAUUGCCUAGAUCGCCCGGUCGAGCCCGUACAAGUCUUCGAGGUCAGACAGGAUGCGACGCCGUUCCUCACAAGAGGCUCAUACCAACGAUCAGACCUUCGCACAGAAGAAGAUACGGCAUCUUUUCUGGAAAACAACCAGACCAAUCCCUACAAGUGUCGCGUUGUGUCAAUAUGUCAACGCAAUUCCUGGCGACAACUGCAGAUCACUAAACCUAUGCUUGACCUCCUCGUCACCGGACACAGGAUAGGCCCAUCAUUUUGGGCGGUGCCGUCGUGCUUUUAUCGACGCAGUGAUGACCUGGAGGGGGUAUUCUGUCUUCCAUUUACAGAGUCCUGCUCUGACUCUAUGACUGAAAUUUCCUACACUCUGAGGUACCCCGAGUAUAAGUCACAAGAAAACAAAUGGGUCAUUCGCCAGAGUGGAAUCUAUCACCGAUACGACAAAACUUCAUCCCAAAAUCUUUUCGUACUGUUCAAUCCCACGCCGCAAUCCAAAGCGCAUUCCCAGGCUGAGAAUUUACUGCGCAAUAUUUGCCCCGAAGUUGAAUCUGAUCCAUUUUGGCUACACCGGGUCUUGUUCGCAGUAUACUUUCCUGCAUGGAGGAAAUACAUCGCCGUACAUGAACAACGAUUUCUGCCGCUUGCAGGCAGUACAAUCGCCACUUUUAUUACUGGGCCUUUGAGUUUAGGCUACGAUAGCCUCAGCACAUUGACUGCCUUACAGACUAGAUUUCUUGAAGUUCCAGCCGUCCUAGCAUCAGCCACAGAUAUUCUCGACGAGCUAUGUACCGUCAUCAGCUCCGAGUCAGUGAUCUCAACCGACAAGUCCGCGGUUCAAGUUUUCAAAAAUUAUCGUCGAGAGUGCAUUGCAAAUUCCCGUAAUGCUUCCCAUUUGCAGGAGCGGGCUCAGAUUGUCUCGAAGCUACUCGCCGACACUUUAUUAUUUCGGAAUCAGGUCCUAGCGAAGGAACAAAAUACAAACAUGCUACAGCUGAACAAGUCCGCGGUAUUCAUUACCACUUUGACGCUGGUGUACCUUCCGUCAUCCUUCCUGGCCACUAUAUUUGGUAUGAAUUUCUUCGACAUGGAUCAGGAAAACAAUCGAAUUGUUGGUACACCUAUGAUAUGGAUAUUUUUCAUCUCAUCUAUUGCCCUGACGGCAAUCACGUUCCUUCUAUACUACUGGUUAUUACGUCGCAAUGGUCCGGCAUUCCGCGGGCUUGCGCCGAAUAUACGAAGUCGCCAAACUUGGACUAUUGAAGAAGUGAGGAGGCGGUUCACAGGUGGCAGCAAUUCCAGCAUUGAGCUACAGUCUUGCCCGGCUUGA